AUGGAAGCAAAAGUGUGGGAAUAUUCUUCAAAUGAAGAUAGUGAUGAUGAUAAUGAUCAAGUCUAUUUGCAAAAUGCAAGUGAUGAAGAGGACCUUCACUUCACAUCCAGUUCCUUGCCCAAAUUGCAGUUCAGGAAUGUGAAAUCAAAAUGCAGGUGGAAUGAAGAGAUGGGAAUGGCAGAGGUUAUUGAGAAGAAUGGGAAAAUGUGGGUAUCAACUGGAAUUGUUCGCAGUGGCAACAUUUAUACUUCAAUCGAGGAGACUUUGUAUCUUAUGGAAUUAGGAGCCUUACAUCUCGUAGACGAUGAAAAUAGAAGUAUAUCUCUAAUUGAAAUGUACGAUAAGGUUGCAGGCGGGAAGAGUGGAUGUUGCUGGGAGUUGUUUGAGGCUUACAGGCAUCUCAAGUCUCUUGGCUAUAUAAUUGGGAGACAUGGUGUUGCUUGGAGUUUGAAGAGUGUUAGAAGUUCUCAAAAACAAGUUGCUCUUGAAGUUACAGAAGAAAGCACGCAAGUAGUAGACAUAGGUUCCAAACUCGAGCUUUCUAUCUGUAAGCUAUUUGGUGACUUGAAGAUUAACGAUUUGAAGCCGGAUUUUGAUGUUUAUCUUCCUGACAGCAGGUUUAGAAAAUCUUCUCCAGGUGAUCCAAAUUUUAUGCUGUACUUGUCGAGGGGUAAUCUGCCAUCUAGAGCUGAAAUUGAAGCCCUUGAGAGACAAUGCGGGGGAAUUCCGUUGAAAAUCUGCCAGGUCACAGAAGGAAGGGUCAGUUUCUUUUCCUUUGACAAGGUUGAACUUCCUGUUUUAUCUGGAUAG